GACCAUUCAGACACUUGAGGAUAUGUUACGCGCUUUGGUUGUUGACAGGGGUGCUAAGUGGGAGUCGUUGCUGCUGUACGCCGAGUUUGCGUACAACAACAGUUAUCAUUCUGCUAUUCAGAUGGCUCAUGACGAGGCACUUUACGGUCGUAAGUGUCAUUCCUCUCUCUAUUGGGACGACGUCGGCGAACGUCGAGUACUCGGUCCUAAAUUGAUCGAGGAGACAGCGGAGAAAGUCGAGUUGAUCCGGCGGAGACUUAAGACAGCUCAGAGCCGAAUGAAAUCAACCGUUGAUCAUCAUCGACGAGACAUUCAGUUCGAGGUUAGCGAGCGAGCUUUUCUCAGAGUCAGUCCAUUUCGCGGAGUUAUUCGAUUCGAGAAGAGAGGGAAGCUGCACCCUCGGUUCAUUGGCCCGUUCGAAGUGCUCGAGCGAGUGGGCGACGUUGCGUAUCGAUUGGCCUUACCUCCCGAGUUAUCCAGUGUUCAUAAUGUUUUUCAUGUAUCCAUGUUGCGUAAGUACGUGGUCGUGGCCUAUGCUUCGAGGCAGCUGAAGCCUCACGAGAAGAACUACCCCACUCACGAUCUCGAGUUAGCUGCAGUCGUUCAUGCCUUAAAGAUUUGGCGGCACUACCUCUAUGGAGGCAAGUGUGAGAUAUUUACCGACCACAAGAGCUUAAAGUACAUUUUCACUCAGAGGGAGCUGAAUAUGCGACAACGUAGGUGGUUGGAACUGGUCAAGGACUAUGAUUACACGAUUAGCUACCAUCCUGGGAAAGCCAACGUGGUAGCCGAUGCACUUAGUCGGAGGAGUUAUGGCCAGUUGUCCUGUCUCUUUACCAAGCAAGAUGUCCUUCUUCGGGAGUUCGAGCGACUACAGUUAGAGGCAGUAGAGCCGCCUUCGACAGCCAGGGGUAUGUUGACCUCUUUGGUUGUGGGACCGACUCUUCGUGAGAGGAUUGUCGCCGAGCAACCAAAUGAUCGUUUCCUUUGUCGGAUGAAGGAGUUGUCGGAAGCCGGUAGAGUUAGAGGAUUCGCAGUCGCAUCUGAUGGGGCCUUGGUCUUCGAGGGUAGACUUU